AGCAAGGCAUGGGCGCAACACUAAAAAGAAGCGGCCGCACCUCCCCAAAACCACCUCCGCCUCCACCUCCACCUCCAUCUCCUCCUCCUCCUCGACGCUUCUUCCCGUAUCCUGCCUUGAUCGAUCGCCUCCUCCGCGUUCUUGGAUGGACGAGCAGGGCCGCGGGUUCGGUCUGCAGGGGCACCAUGGCCUGGUGCUCCUGCAUCAGCAGCAGCAGCAGCGGAGGAGGAGGGAGAUGGAGCGGGAGGAGGAGGAGGAGGAGGAGGUGGAAGAGGAGGUGCGGCGCCAGAUGUUCGGCGCCGUGGUCGGUGGGCUAGCGGCGUUCCCGGCUCUGGGCCGGCAGCGGGAGGAGGUGGACUGCGGCGGGGAGCUGGGCGGGUUCUGCGACAGCGAGGCGGGCGGGUCGUCGGAGCCCGAGCCGGCGGCGGCGCGCCCCCGCGGGGGCUCCGGCAGCAAGCGGAGCCGCGCCGCCGAGGUGCACAACCUCUCCGAGAAGAGGAGGAGGAGCAAGAUCAACGAGAAGAUGAAGGCAUUGCAGAGCCUGAUACCGAAUUCCAACAAGACUGACAAGGCAUCCAUGCUAGAUGAAGCCAUCGAGUACCUGAAGCAACUGCAGCUCCAAGUGCAGAUGCUCUCAAUGAGAAAUGGUGUUUACUUGAACCCAUCAUAUUUAUCUGGAGCGCUUGAACCUGCGCAAGCAUCACAGAUGUUUGCAGCACUUGGUGGCAACAAUGUCACAGUGGCGCACCCUGCCGUUCCUGAGCCUCCAUUUCACUUGGAGUCAUCACAGUCCCACCUUCGACCAUUUCAGUUGCCUGGAUCUUCUGAGAUGGCGUUUCAUGGAGAGAUAAUGCCAAAGCAUCACCUAGCAUCACAUCAAGAAAGUCUGCCAGGAAACGAGAUGAGCUCUAUCAGGAAAGAAUCAUCCAUGUUAAACACAGAUCAUUUUGAUGGUGGCUCACAUAACAAAGAGCAACUAUAGGAUAUGGUACCAAAAAGUACAAGACAUUCGUAGAUUAGGACGUGGUUGCUGGUGGCACUGAAAUCAGGUGCAAAAGAAGGAUGACGUGACCUAGCUCAGUAAUCUAACAGACAGGCAGACUUUCAGAAUUGCUUACCUCUAUCAAUAAUGCUAUUAUUCUUGAGGCGACCUGAAUGCUUCACUUAGUAGGCAGGCAAUGACACUAGAAGACCAUGUAAUCGUAACCGAUCUAAGUCAUUUCGAAAACUGGCAUGUUGAUGAGAUCACAAAACUUGUAAUCAUCUGCAAAUGUUCACAUGUCGAUUUAAGUCCUCUUUGUACGAGUCUGGCAGCUAGCACUUCCGUGAAGGAUCGGUUGUUCACAGAA